CUCGCCCGCCCCGUCCGGGCCCGGGUGGUGGCAGCGGGCAGAGAUCCCCCCCAGUAUGGAGCCACAGAAGGAGCUGGGCCAGCGCCGCGCCGGGAGCGAAACGCAGCAGGAAGAGAAGGAGGAGGAGAAAAAGGAGAAAGAGGAGGAGGAGGAAAAAAAGGCAGAGAAGGAGGUGAAAGAGGCGGCAGAAGAGAAAGAGCAGCAGGAGGAAGGUGAAGGUAAAGCUGCCGCGGAGCCCUGUGUGCCAGGCGAGCAGUGCCCCGAGUGCGGGCAGAGCCUCCCGCCCGGCUGGCAGCCGGGGAAGCAGCAGUGCCCCCAGCCUGGCACCCAGCGCUUCAUCUGCACCCACUGCGGCCAGAGGCGCUCCAGCCUCCGGCGGCGGCAGCGGGGAGGCGCCCAGGCGGGCCCCAAGCUUGGUAUGGUGUGCGAUGAGUGUGGCAAGAGCUUUGCCAGCAUCAUUGGUCUCGCGGAGCACCUCGAAAUCCAUGCUGGGAAGAAACGGUUUCCCUGUGGAGAGUGUGGCAAGAGAUUUGCCCGCAGGUCGGAUCUUAGGGAGCAUCUCAACAUCCAUACUGGGAAUAAACCGUUCUCCUGCCGUGAAUGUGGCAAGAGCUUUGCCAGCAGCUCUGGUCUUAGGGAGCAUCUCAACAUCCAUGCUGAGAAGAAACCGUUCUCCUGCCGUGAAUGUGGCAAGAGCUUUGCCAGCAGGUCUGGUCUUAGCCACCACUUCAACGUCCAUUCUGGGGAGAAACGGUUUUCCUGUCGUGAGUGUGGCAAGAGCUUUGCCAGCAGCUCUGGCCUUAGCCAGCACCGCAACACCCAUGCUGAGGAGAAACAGUUCCCCUGCCGUGAAUGUGGCAAGAGCUUCACCACCAGCACUGCUCUAAUCCAGCACUGGCAUGUCCACACCGGGGAGAAGCCUCACAGCUGCAGUGUCUGUGGCAAGAGUUUCACCACCCGCUUUAAUCUCCUGGAGCACUUGAACCUCCACGCAGGGGCGAAGCCAUACACCUGUAGUGUCUGUGGCAAGAGCUUUACCCACAGGUCGACUCUCAUGCAGCACCGAUGGAUCCACAGUGAGGUGAAGCCGUACAGCUGCAGUGAAUGCGGCGUGAGUUUCCUGUACAAGUUCCAACUGACCAAGCACGAACGGCGCUGCAGCCACCAGGAGAUGAAGAGCUCCAGCAAACCUUCCAGGGGUCCCCUCAGCCAGGGCCAUGAGCAGGAGGAUCAGGAAGGGGAGAAAGAGCAGCAGGAGGAAGGUGAAGCUAAAGCUGUCGUGAGCCCCUCUGUGCCAGACAAGCAGUGCCCCAUGGAGCAGCAGGGAGGCGCCCAGCCAGGCACCAAGCUGCAGUUGGGCUGCAGUGAGAGUGGCAACUGCUUUGCCAGCAGCUCUGCCCUCAGCCAGCUCCAGCAACUCCAGCCUAGGAAGAAGUUCCCCUGCAGUGACUGCGGCAAGAGCUUUAGCAGCAAAAUCUCUCUGGGAUUUCACCGCAACAUCCACACCGGGGAGAAGCCUUACAGCUGUGACGAGUGUGGCAAGAGCUAUGCCAGCAGCUCUACUCUCAGACUGCACCGCCAAAACCAUGCUGUGAAUAAGAAGUUCCCCUGUGACGAGUGUGGCAAGAGCUUUGCCGUCAGUUCCCAACUUCUUCUUCACCGCCUUACCCACACCGGGGAGAAGCCGUACAGCUGCGAUGUCUGCGGCAAGAGCUUUGUCACCAACUUCUCUCUCAGCUGCCACCGUCGCUUACACACCGGGGAGAAGCCGUACAGCUGCGGUGACUGCGGCAAGAGCUUUGUCCACAUCUCUGCUCUCAAGCGUCACCGUCUCCUCCACACCGGGGUGAGGCCGUACAUCUGUGAUGACUGCGGCAAGGGCUACAGCAGCACCACUGACCUCAAAAAGCACCAUCGCACUCACACCAUGGAGAAGCCGUUCCACUGCGGUGAAUGCGGCAAGAGCUUCACCACCAAUGACAGGCUGAUCACUCACCGCUUCAUCACCAAUCUCAAAGUUCAGCACCGCAUUUACACCGGGGAGAAGCCAUUCCACUGCAGGGACUGCGGGAAGAACUUCACCACCAAAGCCCAGCUGAACAGUCACCACCGCAUCCACACCGGGGAGAAGCCGUACAGCUGUGCCGACUGCGGCAAGAGCUUCCGGCAUCAGUCCGCCCUGACCAUGCACCUGCGCAGCCGCAUCCAAAAGAUGAGCGGCAACCAAGCGCCCAAGAGUUCCCAAUCCCAGUGACACCAGGAGAUGCCCGGCAGUCGUGUGCCACUCCUGCCAACCAACACUGGUGCCAGGAUGCCCUGCUGAUAGAGCUGUCCCAACCGGGAUCGUUUUGCUGGGAUUUGCUGUCCUGGGAUGCGGGCGGCUGCGCCAGUAGCAGCGGUAACACCAGUUGCUGCUGUGCCAUCCCCAGGCAGAGCCCUGAAUUGUGUUCUCCACAAGCUCUGCCAGAUGAUGCGCCAGCACUGGCUUGGUGCACUCAGGGAUGAAGCAACUGUUCCAUGUGGCUGCAAGUCAGGGAUUCCAUGGCAAAUGUGCCUGGAGCAGGGAACAGUCCCAACAAAAGACUUUCCAAGGCUCUUGGCAAGUUCAUCAAUCUCAAUCCAGACAAAAUUUACCCCCCUGGAAACCCAAAAGCUGCAUGCAAGCUGCUUUUGACUGCAGCUGAACCUGGAGCUCUCCUGCCGCUCUUUCCCCCCCAGCAGCCACCUCAGCUCCUCAAAGUCAUAGACACAGAGGAAGGUUUGGGUUCUGUUCAAGCUCUUAUUGAUGCUCCGGUGCAGGGGAUUGAGUCCAGCAGCAGUCAGUUUGCAGAUGGCACCAAGCUAGGAGCUGCUGUGGAGCUGUUGGAGGGUAGGAGAGCCCUGCAGAGGCACCUUGCCAGGCUGGAUGGGCGGGCCCCUGUACCACCACUGGUCAGGCCACACCUUGAGUGCUGUGUCCAGUUCUGGGCCCCUCAAUUCAAGAGAGAUGUUGAGGUGCUGGAAGGUGUCCAGAGGAGGGAAACUAAGCUGGUGAGGGGCCUGGAACACAGCUGGUGAGGAGAGGCUGAGAGAGCUGGUUCAAGAACUGGCUGGAGAGUCAUGCCCAGAGAGUGGUGGUGAAUGGUGCCACAUCCAGCUGGCACUAGUGGUGUCCCCCAGGGAUCAGUGCUGGGCCUCAUCCUGUUCAAUAUCUGGCAUCCUGGGCUGGUGUCAUGGAGAGUUGCAGAAGCCCUUAGCAGGCCUCCCUGUUGUGAAAGUUAUAGUGUCUCACAUUAAUGCCAGGAGCAUCCCAAAACCAAAACAAUCCUUCAGGCCCAUGAGAAAGUCUCUCCCUAGUCGAGAUAAAAGGUAAACAAUGGCCACUGUUUUGGUUAGGGGGAACGGCAGUUCUCAUGCCUGCUCAACACCUGGUGUGGGCCGAACUUGGGGUGGUCUUGGAAAUUGUUGUGGUAAAAAUUCCCCAAUUGUGUGGAUUGAUUAUAACUUUGUGCCAAUCUGUAAGAAUAAGGUAAAAUAGCCUGGGCUGGUGGGAUAGACCUCUUGGAAAACAUUAUAAAUGGUGUGCCUCCCUGGAUCGGGAGCUCGCUCGCUUGCUUGCUCUCUCUGCUUCUCUGGCUCUAUGCCUGCUCGCUGCCUGCUUCAUUCCUGCCUUGGCCUGCCCGACGAAGGGGCUGCAGAGGCCUGAAGCCAGUUUAAGCCCGAUCCUGACAAAGGGACACCGCCCAAAACUUCGAACUUUACUGAAGUGACUGCUAAACACUGAGUAAAUCCAAGAAAAGACUCAAAAGUCUCUAAAGAAAUCAGAGACUCUCUCUUUUAUUUGCCAUUUCCUGAAGUGUUAUUCUGCAACCUCAGAUCAAAAGAAUUCACCUGGGGAAUUGAGUUCUGGAGGGGGAUCUCCGUGUCUGAGCAAUAAAUCACUUGAACUAUA